GCUGCGGAGGAGGCGAAUAUUACAGAUAUGGUUGCUACAGAUCUCAGCCAGACUGUUGCCCAAGACCGUGUGGGUUUAGGAUAUGAGCAUUCUUGGCUUCACCGGCACUGCCCUUCUACCCCGAUUCACCAUAAGAGGGCAAGAGGAUCUGGCCGACUUUUCUCUGGACUCGUGGCAAUGAAUGUGAUCUUUCUGGGUGCUGCCCUUAUAAGCAGUGCGAUUCUCAGUUCCAUGCCUCCGCAGAACUCCCAUAUCUUCUUGUCAGCGUUGAUGCUCUGCAGCUCAGGAUGGAUACUCUUCUAUCUGCUGAGGACACGCAAGAAACCAUUUUCUGUUGUAAUUCAGGAUCACCAUGCUGGAGCAUUUUGGCUAAGAGCCUCUCUCAUUCUGUUUGGGCUCUGUAGUCUUCUCCUAGCUGUCUUCAAAAUUGGCUAUGAUGUAACCCUAAUAACAUGUAAGUUACCAAUGGACAUUGUCUUCUCUGUCAUGGAAGUCAUCUUCAUUAGCACACAGACAUGUUUUUUGUGGCUUUCAUGCCGGGACUGUGUGCAGAUACAUCAUGACGUAACCAGAUGUGGCAUUAUGCUGUCAUUGGCCACCAACUUCCUGCUUUGGCUUAUGGCUGUUAUAAAUGAUUCAGUGCACAGAGAAAUUGAAAGUUUACAACCAAACAGCACUUCAGCUAACCUAGUCUCAUCUUCUCUUGUAGAUGAGACAAGUGCCUGUUUAUGCCUAGAACAAUCAAUAUGUUGGUCCUUUCAAAGAGGAUAUGUGACGCUGUUUCCAUUCAAUUUGGAGUACAGCCUUGUCUGCACAUCAAUGCUCUACAUAAUGUGGCGGAAUGUUGGUAGAAAAGACGUUUCUUCCUCUGCCUCCUCACACCCAAGGCUUCGCCUUCAGGGAGUUCUUUAUGGCCCAGUUUUAGGUGGGGCUGCAUUGAUGGUGGGUUUUUGCAUCUUCUUGCAGUAUCAGGUGCAGGCAGCUUUAGGAGAUGCUGCCCCCAUGUCAUUUAUUCUAUAUUAUGUCUACAGUGUAACUCUGCUGCCCAUCAUGCUGAUCUCCUGCAUUGCUGGGAUAAUCGCACAAUCCUUUAAGGAAAAACAGAUGAGGGGACAGUCAGAAGAACAAAGUGAGCAUGAUGAAAACAAAAAUGACUCAGAUAGAGCAACCAAACAACAAAAUAAAAACCUGUGCAGACACAGGCACGUGGAGAAGAGCAAGGAUGACGAACAAAGGGGAGUGGAUGCAGGGAAGCACAGAGAGCAAAAGGUAGAAUAUGAAUGGACGGAUCAGGAAGAAUUUGAGGAACACAAAGGAAAUCAGGAAGAAAGUUGUGAGAAAUGUGAGAAAGAAAGCGGAAAUUUCAGUGAAUGCAUUCCAAUAGAGGAAUUGGUAAAAGAAGACAGAGCAGACCAUAUUGACCCCAACCACCAUUAUAGGACAACUAAGAAACAAAUUAUUGUUGAAACCAGCCCUGACUUUGCAAUGUGUGCCUGUCAAAAACCUAAAAACUACACUCGCAGUCUAGAUAUAAUACUGCUACUGGCAGCUUCUCUUGGACAGUUCUGUAUCUCUUAUUAUUCCAUAGUUGCCCUAGUGGCUAGAAGUAUAUGGAAUCUGCUGAAUAGCUUAAAACUUGCAUACUCAGCACUCAUGAUCUUGCAACAUAUAUCUCAAAACAUCUUUAUAAUUGAGGGCAUGAGAAAAGAGCAUCAUGGUCCUAGCCACUCAACAACACAAGAAGAAAGCACAGAGGAAGCUUCUCGUAGAAUGUCUUUGUUAGAAAUACGCAGAGUGUCCUUGGCUUAUCUGCAAAGUGUCGGAAGACUCAGUAUUAGUCGCAGACUUGUGAAGGAGAUCGCACUUUUUCUAGUGCUCUGUAAUAUAAUGUUAUGGAUCAUGUCAGCUUUUGGAGAUCAUCCUCAAUAUACAAAUGGUCUGGAACGUGAAUUCUAUGGAUCUUCGACAUGGUUUUCUAUUCUCAACUUUGGACUUCCUCUGUCUGUUUUCUACAGGAUGCACAGUGUGGGAGGUCUGCUGGAAGCCUAUCUUACUGCCUAAUUAUU